UCUGCUCUAGGAGCUGGAGGAACAGCUGUGAGCAAGGCAGCCCCUCCGGCCCCAGGGGAGCUCACAGCCUAUCAGGGGAGACAGGCAAUAACCAAACUGAUCACCCAGAAUCAAUGUAAAGUGACGGUUGUCAUUAAGUGCAGCAAAGGAGCGGUCCAUGAGCCAGAGGAGGGCAAAUGAGAGAACGAUGUGGUGUGUGGGCCAGAGAAGGCCUCCAGAGGGAGUGAUGCAUGGGCUGAGAUUGCAAAGAUGCAAGGAUUUUGCAGGGCAGAGUGGAGGAGGGAGGAUUCCAGGCUGAGAGAACAGCGUGUGCAAAGGUCCAGUGGCAGGAGAGAGACUGAUGCUUAAGACCAAUGAAAUGGAGGCUGGAGUGGGAGGAGGUGAAGUAGAAGAGUGAGACAAGGCAUUUGAUAAAGGUCGUUAAGCAAGGAGAUGACAUGUCAGAAUCCUGUUUGCUGAAGCUGUAUGCUGCUGGGGGCAGAGGAGCGACAGGGAGACCCAGGAGUCCAGGCGAGAGAUGACGGCAGUGGGAGGAUGGGGGAAGGGACAGCAGGAAAGUGGGAGUAGACGGGAGCUGUGAAAUCCCCAGGGUCCAGGGUGAUCGAGAGGCCACGAUGACCAUUAUGGAGGUCUCCCUGAUCACCGGCUUCUACCCCAACCAGAAGGACCUCAAACAGCUCACGAGCGACGCGGAGAUGUACGCCUUCCAGUAUGAGACCAAGACGAGCUCCAGCGACAGCACCGUCGUCCUCUACCAGGAGAAGCUCUCCCACAAGGAAGACACGAUGCUGGGCUUCCGGGUCCACAGGAUGCUGAAGGCGGAGUUCCUGCAGGCCGCGCACGUCACGGUCUACGACUACUAGGAGCCUUGUGAGCAGGGGUCUAGGGUGGAGGGGGCUCCCGGAGGGGAAGAGGCCUGUGAUGGAUGGGCCGGGAAGGAGGGCGAGGGGCGGGGCCAGGAGGUAGGGUGAUGGACAGGGCCAGGAGGGCGGGCGGGGGGCGGGGCCAGGAGGGAAUGGGGCGUGGCCAAGAGGGGCCUGCGGGGUUGAGAAAGGCGCUGGAAGGGACCAAAAAGGGUGUGAUGACAAGGGGCGUGGCUUUCUUGAGUGGUCGAAGCGGUCGGUGUGGGCCCUGGAAGGGCGGGGCCAAGAAGAGACUGGGCGUGGCCUGCUGGGGCUGGGGCGGGCAGGAAGGGGGCGGGGUCUGCAAAGGGGAGGGGCCUGUUGAGGGGGUGGCUGGAGAGAGCUAGGCGGGCGAGGCCUGCGGGGGGCGCGGCCAGGAGGGAACCCUGCGCCCAGGAACGCUGGCCCAAGGCAAGCGCAGGCUCUCGACCCCUCUCGCAGCCCGGAGGUGCAGCUCCUUCUACAAUCUGCCCACAGAGCGAUCUUCCCUGCGGAAGAUCUGCCACAAAGACGUCUGCAGAUGCGCCGAGGGUGAGGUCGUGGGGACGCGGGGGCCGGGGCUGCAAAGAGAUGAACUGAAAAUAAAUAGCAAAAUGGUAGACCUAAAUUCAACCAUACAAGUUGACCCUUGUGAUGACGACAGUCCCGGCUGACACCAAGAUUGAGGUCCCACUUUGUGGGGAACCUUGAUGCGAAGGCACUUCGCUGAGAGGUGCCCAGAUUCCUGAUCCACAGGAACCACAAAGUAGUGAAGCGACUUUUAGCUGCUAAAUUUGGGGAUAGCUUGUUAUGUGACAAUGGAUAAUACAGUGGCCAUCCUUGGAAAAUUGAAUCGGCCACCACCUGGGUCCUGUCCAGCAUCUCUGGUCGUUUGGGGUCUCUCAGUGAGCCUGUCUAGCUCUUCACUCUCAUCGGAGACCCGUUUCUCUGCCCCGCUCAAGCAUGGCAAAGUUACGGGGGCCACCCAACGGCCAGGAGUGAGCUAGCAGAAGAGGAGGGAUUUGACCCCAGGACUGUCUCACUCCAGAUCUUGAGUUCUUGGUCAUAGUGGCAUGUAUACAUUGUAGACGACAAAAAGGAGACGUGUCUUAAGAACGAUAACCAUAGUUUCUUUGUGUGUUGUUCAAAUAUCUGCUGAUGUCCCCAUUGUGUCGUAGCCACUCUCAAUAAAUCUUCAUGUUACUCUC